AUGUCUAUUUCAUAUUUUCAAUCAGUAUCAUCUCUCUCUCUCUCAUCUUGUUACUUUCCCAUCUCUAUCUGUUCAUUCUCUAUUGCUAAUCUUUUGCUCUCUAUUCCUUCUGCCUUUCUCUCUCCACUAUCUGUAUCAGUUCAUUUCUGUCUUCCUCCUUCAUUUGUCACUCUGUUUCUGUUUAGUUUGUCUUGGUCCCUCCUCUGUGUGUGUGUGUGUCUCUCUCUCUCAAUCUCUCUCUCUGUUGCUUCUCGCUUACACAGUCCUAUCUCUCUUUACUCAACCUCUUCUAUUUUACCUGGAUGUGUGGGUGAUCUCCUUGCCCUUUCUCUCUCUAGCUCCUUGCCCUUUCUCUCUCUAGCUCCUUGCCCUCUCUCUCUCUCUCUAGCUCCUUGCCCUUUCUCUCUCUCUCUAGCUCCUUGCCCUUUCUCUCUCUCUCUCUCUCUCUCUAGCUCCUUGCCCUUUCUCUCUCUCUCUCUCUCUCUCUCCCUAGCUCCUUGCCCCUUUCUCUCUCUCUAG